AUUAUGAAUAAAAAAAAUAAAAACCCAAAAAAGGAAUCUAAUCCGUAAAUUUUAGAUUAAUAAUCAAAAAUCAAAUUGUUAGCAUAACUGGAUGUUACAGAAAAAUUAAAAUUCUUAAGAAAAAUAUUAUUGAUUUGGUUGGCAUGGCAAAGUGUUAUUGUACUAAGUUGUUUUUUGAUCUAUUUAAAACUUCCUUUUUUGUUACCACUAUAGAGGGUGUUUGAUUCAGAUUUAUUAUUGAUGCUAUUUCUUUGUAUAACAGUGAUUUUACUAUAUUUUGGAUCUAGGAAUAUUAAAUAAAAAGAUGUAUUUAAUCGUAUAUAAAUAUUAGCAAAAAACAGCAAAAAUACAAUUGAUUUCAAUUAUCAUUGCUUAAACCUUGUUAUAUUCGAUGAUUACUAAUAAAUUGGUAGAAAACUCAAUAAAUUUCUUAUUGAUUCAUUUUAUGCAGCUUAUCGUUAUUGCCAAUCUUCUCCUAUAUUUUAGAAAUGCUAUUGAAAUUAACCAUUUGAUUUAUUUCAAAUAAAUGUUUUGGUAUUCAGGAAUUUUAAUUGCAGCUGAAUUCUUUUUUACAAAAUCUACCUCAAUAAACACACUACCAGGAAUGAUUAUUAUAGGAAGUAUAUUAGGAUUUGGAACAUUUGCUUUAAGAUCAAUCGAAGCUAUAAUUGAUGGCAAAGUAAUAAUUGAUAUUAUUAAUUAAAGUUUAAUCUGAACUAGGAGUAGACAUCUUUGGGAUCUGUUCUGGCAUAUACAAAUUUAUUAUUGCCGAAUAGAAAAAGUGAGUGAAUUAUAUUGUAAAUAGA